AUGGCUCGACACGGACACAUGAAGAUUGCUAGUAGGAUACAGGAGACUAAAGCAUCUCGUUCUUCGAAGGCUACCACUCGUCCGGAGACACCUUUCUUCCCCCCGUCGAGCGAAUGGGCAGAACCACCGCUCGGCUUGUACGACGCGCUCAUUGCGAGCAUCAACCCGCUAGGCCCGCUCGAUGUUGAGCGUCGCGAGCCCGCGCUGAGUCGACGCGCACAGCGCGCUGCUCUCGACCGCCACGACCAUUGCCACGACCGCAACUCUGCCACCACGACCACCCAGCCUCUCAUCAAGGCGCUCGCACUGUCCCAACGGGCAGGCGAGCUGAAGUCAUUAGGAGCACCCGACAACCCCUCUGCGCGCGGUACAAGACCGGUGCAUCCUUCCUCUCCCGGGCCUCAAAAGCCACCCGGGGGACCUCCACUCGACCCUCUCACCUCCUCUCUCGUAUCUGGCGACGUCUCUUCAGCUCCCGCGGCUCUGGCGACACGCAACAAGGCCGCGCGGCUCCGGACGUGCACGACCCGUGUGCAAGCCCAGCGCCGAGCAACAACGCUGCUCAGACAACCGAGAACGCCGCGAGAGAGAUGCAGAAGGAGGAAGGGGAGAAAGGCAGGAAGAGAUAAGAGGGGGAAGGGCGCGGGACGAGCAGAAAAGACGAGCACGAAGGCUCGGAUACCGCAGGUACGCCCUCGAUCCCGCCUCGCCGUCCCCGCUCCCAGUGCCCACGCCAGUAGGCGUAUCGACGCACGAGGCAUCCGUCGUGCGUCCUACUGGCCACGAACACGGAACGCCCGACUUUCGGGACGACCUCUGUGUCGUACCCACCACGUUGCACGGCAACACGGGGGACGCACAGAGCUGCGCGUCCGACGUGCCCGUGUCGUCGACACUGCCCGCGCCAGCAGGCGUACCAACGAGCAAGAAGCCGUGGUGCGCUCUGCUGGCCAAGAAGACAGCGUCUUCGACUUCCGGGACGACCUCAGCGCCGUACCCGGCGUUCCCCAGGGCAACACGUCGGACGCGCAUCGCUGCACGUCUGACGCGCCCCGUUCUCCUACGAACCACCACACAGACGGUACGUCGAGCACACCACUCGAUGUACCCGCUGUCGACGAGAAUGACGCAACGCCCGAUGUACUAGCAAAUGUACCCGGCAUGCUCGUCGGCAUCUCAUGCGCGACCGAUGGCCCCGAGGUACACUCUGCAAAGGUGCACCCGCACACUGCGGAUACGUCGAGCCCUCUGCUUGAUGCAUCCGCCGCUGCUCUUUCUCUGAACACGCGCAAUGUACGGCCACCCGUGCUCGCCGCCAUCCAACACGCCCCUACUCGGCGUAGCGACGCACCCGGAGAACAUGCUAGUUCUACCGGUCUGCCCCCGGCACCGAUGUAUGGUACUACGAGCACCGAGCUCGCUGCACCCGGUAUUGGCGACCUUACUGGGGUAGCGAAUCCUCAUAACGGCCUGGCUAAUGACCCGGGUGCCGCCACGACGCACGACGUGUUCGGCGUGCUACCCAGCACGACCGACGCAUCUGGCUUCAUCGCAAAGACACGAUUGUCGUCUACGCCGAGCCCGUCGCUCUGCGUGCACGACAAGACCGACAUUCGCAACCAUGACCAGGUCGCCGUCGACGUACCCAGACGCACGUCAGCGACGUCUCCUUCGUCAAGGUGCGAGUCCAUCAUCAAUACUAUGCCCUGCGACACAGCCGGAGUGCAAUCAAGCACGCUCGGCGCGUCCACAUCUACCUUCAAGGCAUACUCGUCGAGUACGGCGAGUUCAUCACUCACCAUGCACAGCAAGCCCACCACCUGCGAUGACGUCACCAUCGACGCGCCCAGAAGUACGUCGAUCGACGCAUCCACAUCGAUGUAUACCAACAUCAGCGACGACGCCGCGAUCGACACGCUCAAAAGCUCGUCGAUCAGCUUGUCGACACUGCGGCCCACAUCAGCGUCGACUUCCACCUCAACGGGAUGCAAGGCUCCCAUCAAGGAUCCGUCCGACGGCCUGGCUAACGAGCCCAGCGCUGUCGCGACGCUCGACGUGUUCGGCGUGCAGCUCAGCAUGACCGACGUGUCGUACGCCUUUCAUGCGACAUCCAUCCAUCAUAUAGGAAUUACGUCGACUCGGAGCUCGAGGCUUGAUGUAUUAUCUGUCGAUGAGUCUUCGAAUGCACGGUCCGCACGCUUGUUCGUGCCUACUGAUAUCCGUCAAGCUUAUGCCUUGAUGCGCACGCAUUCGGUACCCAUCCCAGUAGAUGGUACAGCGAACAAUGAGUUCGUUGCACCUGCUGCUGGCGAUUCAGUCAGGGUACUGAAUCUUCGCGAUGAGUUGGUCAACGAGCCCACUGUCACGAAGUACGACGUGUCCGGAGUGCAAACGAGCACGACCGGCGCGUCUUCUUCAUAUACUACAACACCUGCUCUUCGUACAGAGAGCACGCCGAGCUCGAGGCUUGACGUGUUCACUGUUGACGAGCCUAGCAACGCGCGCAACGCACGCUCUAACGUGCUCGCCGCGUAUCUCAAACCCCAUGUACUGGCAAGCUCAACGAUCACCGCACAUGGCGAGCACAACACUCUCGAUGAUGUCGCCAUCGAUGUACCUCUGAGCACGUCGAUCGACUCAUCCGCAUUGUCGAUCACACCUACUCCGACAAGGGGCAAGACCAGCCCGGUCAAGGCUCCGUCAAGCGACGCAGUCAGCGUGCAAUUGAGCACGACUGGCUCGUCCUCCUCUAUCAAGAUGCUGUCAUCGAGCAGAGCGAGCCCUUCGCUCGCUGCAUAUGGCGAGACCGACACCGGUGACAACGCCGUGAUCAACGCGCCCAAAAGCUUGUCGAUCAGCUCAUCGACAUCGCGGCCUGCACCAGCGUCGACUGCCUCUACAUCAACGGGAUGCAAGGCUCCGGAUUUGACACUGGCCAUGUCGUCCAGCCUCAAGAACUCGGCCAUGAUGGACGAGAGCUCGACGAAGGACAGCCUCCCGCACUACGUGAUCAGGCCCCAGUCCGUGCACACCAGGAGUCAAGCUCGCAGGCGCAGGAACCUUCGGCCGACGAGCAAGGCCAAAACCGGCCUGCGCUUGAGUCAAAAGUUGGAUGACACAUCCGCCUUGGAUAUACCGACAUAUUCUUGGCCGGAAAACUGCUGCACGUACGAGGAGCUGAGCUCGAACGUGCGCCCUACAUCCUCCAUCAAGACGUUGUCGCCGAGCAUAGCGAGCUCGUCGACAACACUGCACACGUCAGCUUCGACAAUCCGUGAGCACGACGGCGUGAAGAAACACAGUACACCCACUCUGUUGGAUGUACUGCCAUCUUCACGGUUGCCAGUCUUGUCGAAGACUAGGAAGCCGGGCAUGUCGUCCGACACAGGGACAAGCAAGUCCGUCAGCUUCGAUCGCGGAAACCCACGCGGACGCAAGUCCAACCUCGGCGCAUUUGUGUCGAGUCCCUACACGUUGGGUACCCGCUGCACGUAUGAAGAACCGACCUGGCAUGCGUGCAUGACCUCGACCACCAAGACCACCAAGCAGGUCAUCGAGCAAUCAAUGAGGCCCAGUACAUCCGAGUCGCCAGAUGUACUGACCUCAUCUGGGGCUCAUCGCCUGUUACUCGUCAGCUGGCAAGCGGGCGAGUAUGAGUACGAGUACGGCACAGAUAGAGUCACCUCACCUGUCUCUGAGGUGGUGGCUACCUCACCCCGCAUGUACAUAGACCAGGGCUCGGCAGUUCGAGUCCUGGACACAAGGGGCGGGCUACCCGGCGAGACUAACUAUGGUGGUCGCUCGGCGACCGGGGCAGAUGAGUUGAUGAAUUUCGGCAACGAGCCGGACUGUAAGGGAGUCGGCAACGAGCCGGACUGUAAGGGAGUCGGCAACGAGCCUAUCCCAGGCUCGGGCAGUGAAUACAUGCGGGUCACGGUUAAGUAUUCGGCGGGUCUCAUGGAUGUAUCGGAAGAGACAUCGUACGGCCUUGAGACGGGUGAGAAGGGUCGCGAUGGAGGUUGUGACAGGUCUGAGGUCGGACGCGAGGCACACACAUUGUUCAUUCCAGGCGGUCAACGGUGUCAGUGGCUCCGUAGAGUUGCCAACACCGGGUGCAGCGAGCUCGGUGCUCGUUGUACCACACAUCGGUGUGGGCAGCAGACUCGGAGAAGUCGAGAUGGGAAUGGGCAGGAUAGCGCCGAGCACGGGCAGACGCACAUCACGCAUGCCCUGAGGGAAAGCGACAGGGGAUACAUCAGCGAUGAGCUCGAUGUAUCCGCCGCAUGCGGUGAACUAGGGGCCUCUCCGGGCGUGUCGUCAGCAGACACACUUGUAGUGCUGCUGCACAGGCCCACCACUCCAUCUUUGACGUCAGGGAGGCACACAACGAACUCGUUGUUCGUCAUGCUGCCUUCCGACGCGGGCGUUGCGGCCAUGAUGUGCGUACGGGGUCCACCAUCGUGGGGUGUACUGUGUACACCGGUGCCGCCGCUCGCGCAUGAGGAGUCGGCAAGCGCGCUGGGUACAUUUGCGAAUACACCGGGCACAUCGUUGUUCUCGCUGACAGCGUGUACAUCAAGUGGUAGGCUCGAUGUACCCAUUGUGCGGCAGAUCGUAGAUGGAUGGGGCACGUCAGACGUGCAGCAAUGUCGGUCCCGGAAGAUGGACAUGCCAUCUUCGUGGCCAGCAGAGCGUACAACGGGCUUCGUGCUCGUUUGUACACCUGCUGGCGCGGGCAGUGUCGAUGACACGGGCACGUCGGACGCGCAGCUCUGUGCAUCCGCCGUGUUGCCGUGCAACGUGGUGGGUACGACACAGAGGUCAUCCCGAAAGUCGGGCGUGCCGUGUUCGUGGCCAGCAGGACGCACGACGGACGCCUCGUGCGUCAAUAUGCCUGCCGGCGUGGGCACUGAGAGCGGGGACGGCGAGGCGGGAACGGGCAUCGAGGGCGUACCUGCGGUAUACGAGCCUUCGUGCUCGUCUUUUCUGCUCGUCCCGCGCCCUUCCCCCUCUUAUCUCUUCCUGCCUUUCUCCCCUUCCUCCUUCUGCAUCUCUCUCGCGGCGUUCUCGGUGGUCUGAGCAGUGUUGUUGCUCGGCGCCGAGCUUACACACGGGUCGUGCGAGUCCGGGGCCGCGCGGCCUUGUUGCGUGUCGCCAGAGCCGCGGGGAGCCGAAUAGACAUCGCCAGAUACGAGAGAGGUGAGAGGGUCGAUUGGAGGUCUCCCGGGUGGCUUUUGAGGCCCGGGAGAGGAAGGAUGCACCGGUCUUGUACCAUGCACAGAGGGGUUGUCGGGCACUCCUAACUGAGCUGGCGGUAGUUCAGCUUCAGCUCGCCUGUCUGUUGGGACAGUGCGAGCGCCUUGAUGAGAGGUCGGGCGGUCGUGGUGGCUGCCCGGGAGGUGGUGAGAGACGAAAAGGUGGUGGCGGUCGAGAG